CUGAUAGCCGGCGGCGGCGGCGGCGGCGGCGGCGGCGGCAGCGUCGGCCCUCGGCCCAGCCUUGAAGAUGACAACAGCAGCCAGACCAACUUUUGAACCUGCGAGAGGUGGGAGAGGAAAAGGAGAAGGUGACUUGAGCCAGCUCUCCAAGCAGUAUUCCAGCAGAGACUUGCCUUCCCACACCAAGAUCAAAUAUAGGCAAGCUACUCAGGAUGCCCCUGAGGAGGUCCGCAACCGAGACUUCAGGAGAGAAUUGGAAGAGAGAGAGAGAGCUGCUGCAAGAGAGAAAAACAGAGAUCGGCCAACCCGAGAACACACAACUUCCUCCUCAGUAUCCAAAAAGCCUCGCUUAGACCAGAUCCCUGCCGCCAACCUCGAUGCGGAUGAUCCUCUCACAGACGAGGAAGAUGAAGAUUUUGAAGAGGAGAGUGAUGAUGACACAGCAGAUCUUCUUGCAGAACUAGAAAAAAUUAAAAAAGAAAGAGCUGAAGAGCAGGCCAGGAAGGAACAAGAACAAAAAGCUGAAGAAGAGAGGAUCCGUAUGGAAAACAUUCUGAGUGGAAACCCUCUGCUUAAUCUUACCGGCCCCUCCCAGCCUCAGGCCAACUUUAAAGUUAAAAGAAGGUGGGACGAUGAUGUUGUCUUCAAGAACUGUGCAAAAGGUGUAGAUGAUCAGAAGAAAGACAAAAGAUUUGUAAAUGAUACACUGCGAUCAGAAUUUCACAAGAAGUUUAUGGAGAAGUAUAUUAAGUAGUACAGUUUUAUGUGCUUAAUUAAAGGACUGAAAUAUU